CGUAGGGCAGCGUGUAGGGCGGGGGAGGUAUUUUACCCGGGCACUUUCCCACAAUUGCUUUGAGUAAAGCUUAUAAAAUAAUUUGUCGCAGAACGAUCUAGCAAGUAAGCAAAGCUUUAUAUCCACCAAGGUGAAUUACCUGAUUUUGAAGGGGAAAGUAUCAGCAUCUGCUACAAAAGUUGUGACCUUGUUUGCAGGCAUGACUGACAGGAAGGCAGUAAUCAAGAAUGCUGACAUGUCGGAGGACAUGCAGCAGGAUGCAGUGGACUGUGCUACCCAGGCCAUGGAGAAGUACAAUAUAGAAAAGGACAUUGCGGCCUACAUAAAGAAGGAAUUUGACAAGAAGUAUAACCCUACAUGGCAUUGCAUUGUUGGGAGGAACUUCGGCAGCUACGUCACUCAUGAGACAAAGCAUUUCAUAUACUUCUAUUUGGGGCAGGUGGCCAUCCUCCUCUUCAAGUCUGGCUGAGUUCUCUUAGGCCUGGAGUGCCUCCUCACAACCUGGACUGUAAUGCACUGGUGGCUGAUGUCACAACUUCCCACACACUUCAAAUAUUAAAAUGAAAACCUACCAUGAUACACAACUGGCUGUGCGCAACUGCAUGGACUAAGAUGUACCAUAUUUAAUGUGUAUAUGUUACAGUAAAAAUACUACUUUUCACUAGUUGCCAUAAAAUGCAACUGGAAGAGAUUUUUGUUAAUGCUGUUCUACAUUUUGUUAUACUUAAGUUGUAAAUGCUUUAACAGUGGCCUUUGAUUGUAUAAUAAAGGAAAGCUAGAGAAUGUAGUUGUGCAUCUGCUUUCCCCCAGAGCUGUUUUGUUUUCAGUGACUUCUGUGCUGCCGUUUGAAUGUGCUUAGUUGCUCCAGACAUUGAACUACUACAGCAGUUUGUAAUGGCUGUAUAUUGCCAGAGGUACAAGUGAGACUAGCGCAGUGUAUUUGGACAUGUCUUCCCAGGUUUGCAACUGCUGUUAUCGAUCCCAUUUCCCACAAUCAUAUCUCAUAGAGGUGGAAUGUCUCAUCUGGCACACUGAGGGUGUUGGCAUUUUUCUAUUGCUAUUUGUAUUCCAAGCUAGAAGAGUUCCUAUGUUAACAUCUGGAUGUCUUUAGAUUGGGGAUUUGUUUAGAGGCUUGGCGGUUCCAUUUGCAGAGGGUUGACACCAUCCAUACUUAAACCUAUUCUGGCUGUGCAACAAAGGACAAUGGUGGCAUUCAGGUCCUUUUGUAGACUUUCAUAGUUUAAGGAAAUAUUAAUUCUCAUCUUCAGUGAUUUGUUUACUGUGUCUGCUUUGUUAUUGGUUGUUUCUAUUCUGUUUGUUGCAAAUUGCUAUAUGAUUUGCACAGUCAUACCUCUUGUUCUCAGUUCAUGGGCCUGUGAGUACAAUCGCACUUCACUAAAGGGAUAUUUUGGCAAUGAGGCCCUUUAUCUACUUCCUCAGUCAGAUGAACUUGUGGAUACCAUUUUUAUGUUUGGCGAGCCAACGCUAACUAGCGGUGGUGCAAUCAAUGGAAGUUGCUAGUAGAUACAGGCUUGCAGUCAUUGCGUUAACACAUAAUGACAUCUACAACUUCAUCUGACUGAGGAAGUAGAUCGAGGGCCUCAUUGCCACAAUCCCCAAGUAUCCCUUUAAAGGGUUAACGGUGCCCAGUAAAGUUGGAAACUUAAUUUAGUCAAUAAAAUGCAUAAUCCUGUCAAUGAUUAAACUUGUUUUCAUUGUG